AUGUCCAGCUUUGGAAACUUGAUGAAGAAUGGAUGGCACCCUGAAACCCCGGGCACCACCUUCAAGGGCCAAGUUAACGGGCUGCUGGGCAGAAACAAGGACGAUGCCCGCAAGGAGGACCGAGUAGCUCGGCCUUUGUCGUCUCUACAGGACCCCUCGACCUUUGCACCGCCGCCGAAGCGUGUCCCCGGUGCGAACCCUCCUCCUAUACCGCCAUCGCGUUCGAACGCAACGUCGCCUGGAGCCCCACCGCCGCCUUACGAAGACCCAAGUCGGUACCAGCAGCAGCAGCAGGAAGAAGAGGAAGAAGCUCCCCCUCGCUCGUACCGCGUUGACACCACGGGUCUCUCGACCGCCCACCUACCGCCGCCCCCCGGGAGGAAGGAUGGUGCUGAUGGCAGAACACCGCCCCCUGGUCAAGCCGCCGCACGGCCGCCGCCCCCAAGCCUACCGCCCCGACUCCCGCCCAGAACGCCGUCCGCAGCGUCAGUCACGUCACCUGCGCCGUCCGCACCGGCAGCAGCCAGCGGCGGCGGUUACCUGAACCAGAACGCGAUGAGCAGGCUGGGAGCCGCAGGCGUCUCGGUGCCAGCCCUGGGAAUCGGAAAAUCCGCGCCCGAGCCACCCACGAGAUCGAAUGGCGGUAGCCCAGCGCCGCCGCCGCGAAACGGUGCUGGCGGGCAGAUGAGCGAGCUGCAAAACCGGUUUGCGAAGCUGGGCAAAUCCUCGGGUCAAUCGUCGAGCCCGCCGCCUCCGACCGAGGGCACGACGAUGGAGCAGAAGCAGGCCGCCCUCCGCACAGCGUCCAACUUCCACAAGGACCCCUCAUCUGUGUCAAUGUCCGAUGCCCGCUCCGCGGCGUCAACAUUCAAUAACUUCCGCCAGCGGCACGGGGAGCAGGUGGCUUCGGGGGUCAAGAGCGCGAACAACUUGAAUCAGAAAUAUGGCAUCUCCGACAAGGUGGGAAAAUACGCUGGACGGGUUGGCCAGCAGCAGGAGGGAACCACAGGCAGCGCCGGCGCCGGCGCGGCCCCUGGUCCGCUAUCUCCUCCGCCCGGGCUGGUGAACGCGAUCGGGAAGAAGAGGCCGCCUCCUCCGCCGCCCAAGAAGAAACCCCAGCCGGCGCCGCCAGCACCUGGGGCUGGCGACGACGACGAGCCGCCUCCUAUCCCAUUGGCGACGAAGCCGACGUUUUGA